ACGCGUGGUACCUCGAGAGCCAUCUAGACAUGAACACUCUUCAAUGCUAUGUCAUAUUGUGACGUCAACAGUAUAACUACAACUGUAAAUGACUGUAAUUGAGUCCCAGCGAGUGACAUCAUCAUCACGUGACAGUUUCUUGGCAACUUCGGGAUUUGAACAACUCUGUGCAAGACUUGGAUCAAACUCAGAUCGGACUCACACCAGAUUCCUGUCUGGUUCCGGUCCGACUUGGUCCGCCCGCCUCCUCUCAGAUUCGGGUCAAGCUCGGGUCAGACUCACACUGCUCGUGCUGAAGCAGCAUCCCUUCUGGUGAUGGCAGCUGAGACAAAAGCGGGGCGGAGCUUGGCGCCAUCUCAGGUGACCCCGAGCGAGUCCCCCCCGCUGUGCAGCUCACGAACCGCUGCCUGAAUCAUUCAUGUCGACCCCUCCGCAGAGGUCAGUGCGCCAGACCUACACACGCACGACGCUGCGCCGGAUCCAGCAGGUGGCGCUCACACUCACCCACCUGCUUGAUGACCCGACCGCUUCACGCGCAUCCAAUCAGAGCCCUCCGCCUCUCUGCGCGAGCAACAAACCUGUCGCCAUGACGACGCGCUGAUGUCGGGUUUCUUCAGUAAAACAUAAUUUGAUGAAUUAUUGACGAGUUAGUUUUCCUCCGUCCGCAAGACACACUCAUACAUCUUUCAUGCCUCGGCUGGUUAAUUAACGAGCUGCAGGUUAGAGCUGUGGGGGGCAGUGAGGCGUUCAUGUGACACCAGUUACACACCAACGCACACUCUCUGGAGGAAUGUCACACACUCACAUGUACACAGGCUGUUGCGCACACACACUCUGUUUGUCAGGAAAUGAAAAAGUCAUCAGGUGACGGACAAGUGGGAUCGACAGGUCACAGGCCUAAGAGGUCAGAGGAUCAACUCAAUCUGAAACCAACGUGUGCAGGUGACAGCUCUGUUCAGGGAUCUGCAGCAGCACAGAAACCAGGAGCAGACGAUGGAGGUGAAGGAGACCCAGGAGCAGAUGAAGCAGAUGAAGGAGAUCCAGGAGCAAAUGAAGGAGGUGAAGGAGAUCCAGGAGCAGAUGAAGGAGGUGAAGGAGAUCCAGGAGCAGAUGAAGGAGGUGAAGGAGACCCAGGAGCAGACGGCGGUGAAGGAGCUUCAGGAACAGAUGAAGGAAGUGAGGGAACUUCAGGAACAGAUAAAGGAAGUGAAUGGCCUCCACGAACAGAUAAAGGCAGUGAAUGACCUCCAUGAAAAGAUAAAGGAAGUGAAGGAGCACCAGGAGCAAACGAAGGAGCUCCAAGAACCAAUGACGGCAGUGAUGGUCCUCCAGAAGCAGAUGAAGGAGACGUGUGUCACGUGGGACGUCCUGCAUGCGAGUCUUCUUGCGGGUCAGCAGGUGUCACCAGAUACCCGGGAUGCCGAUGCUUCACUGAGACACUUUUCUCCAGAACCUUCAGGCUCCUGCGAGUCCAUGAGGGUCAAAGAAGACACGACAGGUCCUCGGGAGUCUGCUUCCUGUUUGGUGGGAGAACCAUACGGGUCCAGCCUCUCUGAACAACACCAGCAGACUCUGGAGGCUCUUCGAGACAUUGGUGGUCUUCGGAACCAGAGACUGGACCAGCGAGUGGCGCUGCUUGAGGAGGGGAAGAUGGACCAGGCUCAGCUGACUCCUCUGCACCAGCUCAUCAACAGAGGUUCUCUGGAGGUAAAGCAGCUGAUGAAAGACGUGGAGCAGCAGAGGACUUUAAUGGACGAUCUGAGGAAGCAGCAGAAGGUUCUGAAUCAGUCUCUGCAGGAUCUGGAGGCCACCAGCAAGUGUGUGAUGGAGCCCGACAUUAAAGUGGAUCAGAUGGUUCUGGACAGCAAAGUGAGUCGGAGAGACUUCGACUCGGUGACGGAGCAGUUGAAUGCCAUGUUCAAUGAGCUGUUGAAUCGGGUGUCGGGUCAGGAGCAGAACUGGCAGCAGCUGAUGGAGCGACUCUCUAGCGAGAUGGACUGCAAGCUGAACAGACUGGAGUUGGACUCUGUCAAGAAACAGCUGGAGGACCGGUGGAAGAAGAUCCAAUCCAAGCUUCAGACUCAGGAGGAGCCUGAGAACCAGGACGCCGCUGGACUCAGGAAACAACUCAUUGACAGAUUCCACUGCCUGUCAUGCGACCGACCCAUCACCAAACUUGGCCCUGGACCGCGGCUGGUGACCCUUCCAUCGUCGCCCGGUCUCCCGUCCCACAGAUCCAUCCGGCCGUUCACGGUCUACGCCCUGGAGCAGUUCCGACAUCACUACAGGAGCAGUGACGGUGUUUCUGCAGCGACUGACCACCAGCUGACAUCACGUAGAGGUGGGCGGAGCCAGACAGCCGUGGCAGGACUUCAACGGAGGACAAAGCAGGCGAAGCAGCAGGCAGACAUGGACCUCCAGUCAGAAGAGGUGGACAUCGUGGGUCUCGAUGGACAAGUUUACAGAGGGCGCCUGAAUGCACCGCCCUUUGGUAAUCAGGACAGGAAGCUCCCAAAUAUCUCAGGCAAAGAUGUGUCCAGUAAAUCUGAAGACAAAAGCAGGAACUCAACUCACAGAAGUCCACCUUCACCUGAGAGCAGAGGAGGUGAGGUCACACCCACAGAUGUACCCGCAGACUCUCAUCUGAGUCUUACAGGCUCCUGUGGUUCUGGUCGGGCCCGCUCGGUUCUAGGCUGCCCAUCCCAGAGCUCCAUCCUGGAGACACCUGCUGCUGACCUGCUUGACCCCAUGGCAUUCCAGAUGUAGACCACUACUCAGCCGAUCUCCAUCCCUUCCUUCACCUUGAGCAGAGUUCUGGUCCUCCCGUUAGAGGUCGCGCUUGCCCUGCCCUUGUUUAACGUCAUACCCUUAUCUCACCUGGUGACGCCCCUCCACUCAGACACAAGAGGAGUCGACUCUGGCGCCCUCUUGAGGUCAGAGCUGAGCUGCUGAAACGGACACCAAACCACAUUUCUCUGGACACACACAGUAACAACAAAAGGUUGCAACUUUAUUUGUCCAAACUAGAAACUAAAUAAAUCUUUUAUAAACCAGAUUUGAACAUUUCUCCUUAAAAAAACGUAAAUAUCCAGCAGCCAGUCCUGACUUUUCUCUGAGAGACGUUGCUGUCCUGUGGCAAAGAAUCAUCAGCUGGUCACUUCCUGUACCACAACUCAGGUCACUGGGUCAGUGCAUUGUGGUCUCGCUGGUUUCACAAAGUUAUUGUCUU